UGUUAUUCCUGAAGGGAAUUAAUCAAUUAAAUAUUCUUGUUGUUAAUCUGUCCUCGGUUCCUGUUUUAUGUUUUAUUGAUUUCAUUAGUGUUGGAAGAAGGAAAAACAAAAAAGUUUAAAUGGAAUAUUUAUUUUCUACUUUUUUACAAGUAAGGGCACGGCACACCCACAAUACUUAUUUAAAAAAAAUAAUCCAUAAUUGCAAGUUUUCUCUAGAAUUUUUGUUUACUGAAUAAAUAAUAAUAACAAAUUUUGUUUUAGACGUAAAAUAGAAAAUUCAAUGUUGUUGCCAUUAAUUGCUUUUGUUUCACCUGAUGAAUAUAUUAAAUUGACAAAAACAUUAAUUUAAAUAUUUUCUUUUCUCGUCAAUUCCCGGUGGAGCUCUCUCCAUUUGUUUACUGGUAAUGGUUAUGGAAUUUAAUAGCGCGAUUACCGAUCCUUCGUCGUCUUUAAACAAAUUUUUAUGAUUAUUAUUUCAGGAAAUUUCCGAAUACAUCGUUAAAAAUCAUUUAAGUUUCGCAAUGUCGUUCGUUGAACUAAUUUACAAAGCAUGGAGAUAACAAAAAUUAGCAUUUUUUAUAUCGCUAAAAAUCGGGUCAAAAUUCCGAUUUGCAGUUGUGUGUUGAUGCACGAGCAACAGAUUCCUGAAGUGUCAGAGAUGAGUCCCAUCGAUUUUCGCGUGGAAGUGUCGUGUCUACUUUUGUUGAUGGUUUUAUUGGCAUUCUUACACGAAUAAACAUGGCAGAGAAACAAUUUUCACCGCAUUGGCAUUUUUACUAUUGGUAAACAAUUAUUCAUCUCUCGUUUGCCAUCCGGAGAACCUACAUAAUUUAUUGACGGGAAAAGAAAAGAGGGACAAUUAUUCUUUAAAAACUCGGCUCACGUCUAACGUAAUUAAUUUUUUAAAAUACGUAGACGUGACGUUUACAACAUUUAUACCGCGUUACAAGAAACGGAUACUUCUAUAAAAAUGUAAUUUGUAUGAGUAAUGCUUAAAGAUUUAAUGAUAGAAUUUUUAUAAUGCGAUUAGACUUUUGGAAACUUUUAUGUUCGAGAGUUUUAAAAAUUGGGAUAUUAAUAAAUAAAUUUUAUUUUGUUAGAUCAUAAAAGUCAAAAUCAAUGGUGGUAUCUAGAGGAAUGGCUCUUGUAUUCUUUGCAGUAUUACUGUUUCCACUCUUUCUUUUUUCAAACGAAAUUUCUCCGCGGAGAGUUGUAUUUUUAUCAAAACCUUCAACUAUUCAGUUGUUAUUUUAAUUCUUGAGAUAAUUGUGUUGCUACUUGGCACGUAUUUGUCUAUACACUUCAUCCAAGUAUUAUUUUUUAAUUAUUUAUUUAAUCUUUCAAAUGUUAAACUAGUAAAUCCGUAAGAAGAAUCUCUUAUUCUCUUUUUUACAACGUCAAUCGAUAUUUAGCUAAAAUUUAAUCGUGGUGAUUUUUGUAUGAUCACUUAUGCUAUCCAACCACCAAUGCGAUUAUAGACAGUGUACAAAAAUUAAUAAUAAAAUCUUUUGCCAUAUUUUAUUAAGUCGAUAAGUAAUUUGCAUUAUAUGUAAAGGAGACAAAUUAUAUAUUUUAGAAUGCAACCUUGAAUAGAGCCGAAAGCAGGAAUCUAGCCACUGCUCGAUUGCCUAUAGAAGAAUAUAUGAAACGUGCCAAUCGAGGAUCCUAUUGUAAAGUCUUAUCCAUCAAUCAAGUUUUAGAUAUUUUACUACAAUAUUAUAUUACUGGAGAGUGGAGCGAAGCAUUGAUUGCCGGAGUACCCGGUAGAAAAGGAUUUCUACCAAACGAUCAAAGUAAAGAAACUUGACAGGUUUAUAUCCGAGUAGGUGAUUUUUUAAAAAAAUGUGAAUCGAAUUAAGCAUGGAAUGCCCCAAGAUUUUGUCGGGAAUAUUUAAUGUUCAGGAGGAAUAUUUAAAUGUGACAGUUAAUCGAACUAACUUUACGUUGGAAGAUCACGAAUAUAACAUGAGAAAACUAAAGUUUAUCGCUUACGGGAUUAUCGGAUCGAUAAUCAUUUGUAUGGGAGUGUUGGGUAACAUUAUUAAUCUAGCCGUGUUGACCAGACCUAAUUUGAAGGGUGUCACUUUCGUGUACUUGACGUGGCUGGCCAUUUCGGAUCUGAUGACACUCAUCUUAGGCAUUACUUCCAUGCUGCGACUUCAAGGUAUUCAAUCGACUACUUAUUCCGCCUCCUUAUAUUAUGCCUAUGCCGAAUUACCCUUAGUCAAUGCGUUUAUGGCCAGCAGCGUGUUUUUGGUGGUUGCUUUGACCGUGGACAGAUACUUCUCCGUCUGCCUUCCUACUAAAUUCAAAGAUAUCCACAACAAAAGGCGUGCCAAGCGCUCCAUCGCCAUGGCGUACGUGAUUUCUUUCCUUAUUUAUAUUCCCAUCUGUUUCCAGAAGAUUCCAGUCGAAUUUGUCAACAGCAAGAACGAGACUGUGUACAUGGCCUGCGAGAAUCCAUCCGUCUUUAAGCACCCGGCUUUUAAGAUUUACUUGCUAGUUAAAGAACUGACGGUUCGUCUCGGGCCGGUCGUCAUCUUGGCCAUAUUGAACGUGACCAUCAUCGUGACCUUCAGCAAAAUAUUGAGGAGGAGGAAGGAAAUGUUCGGAAACGCUUGUCUUAGAAGAGAAGGAAGCAGAAAAUAUACGGAGGAGAAACGCCUGAUUGUUUUGUUGUGCGGCAUCGUGGUGCUAUUCUUCGUGUGUAUGACUCCCGCCGCUCUUCUCACCUUGCUGAACAGCGACGAUAAGGAAGCCAACUUUAGUUUUCAGGUGUUUAGGUCUUUGGCCAACGUCAUAGAAUUGGCUAACUUCUCCAUGAACUUUUACGUCUACUGUUUCUGCAGUUCGGAUAUCAGAAGAACGUUUGUAGAUUUGAUACUUCGCAGGAAUAAAACUACUGACAAUAACUUUCGGACAAGAAAGGGGUCGCUGUUGAAAAGCACUAAACUCUAAUUAGGGUUUUAAGGUAUUUUUGUCCAUCGGAGAAUUUAAUAGAAAUAUACUACGAUAAUGUUGUUAAUAUUGGUGUGUUUAUUAAUUAAAAUUUUAUUUGAUUUGAA